ACGAUUUUCAUCGUUUCCAAAAGCUCUCAGAGUAGUUGCUUAUAUGUUCAAAUUUAUCGAGCAACUCAAAAGCAAAGUAAAAGGAUCGCAUAAUUUCCCAUGCAACACAGUGACGCACCUAGAGUUACAAAAGGCAAAGGUCGCACUAAUAGCAUAUACACAAGCGCGCUACUUCAGCCGCGAUAUAUCACUACUAAGAGAAUCGAAGCCGAUUGAUAAAAAGAGCUCACUCUUAGUCCUCAAACCAUUUCUGGACACGAAAGGUCUGCUUCGUGCCAAUGGUCGGCUUGCUAAUUCGAGCCUGACAUACAAUGAACGCCACCCCAUAAUAAUUCCAGAGAGGUCACCAUUUGCCACAUUAUUCCUCCAUUACAUCCACAUCUUAAUGCUACACGCCGAACAUCGUCUCAUGCAACAGAUGGUACGCCAGGAGUAUUAUAUCCCCCGUCUUAAGCCGCAAAUCAAGAAGUGCAUCUUCACGUGCAAGAUUUGCACUAUGCACAAGCAGAAGAUGCGAACGCAGAUUAUGGCAGCACUUCCACCGGAACGCUGCAAUUUCGCUCUGCCUUUCACCACAACAGGUGUUGAUUUUGCUGGGCCUUUCCAGGCAGUACACCUUGAGCUGUGUAGUAAUCUGACGACGGAGGCUUUUCUCGCGGCAUUUGCUCGCUUCGUCGCUCGACGUGGCUACCCAUCAAAAAUCAUGAGCGAUAAUGGCAAAACCUUUAUCGGAGCUCAACGAGCCACAGAAAAGCAAUUUGUGGAUUUUUUAAAACAAGUGUCACCCGACAUCGUACAAAAGUACGCCCCUCAAGGUAUAAAUUGGCAAUUUAUACCCCCAAGCGCUCCUCAUAAUUACCAUGGAUGUAGAUACGCCAGUUGCAAAUACGUCAGCCGCUCGGGCGGCAACCAAUGUGCCACGCAACGGGCCUGCACCAGCGCCCCGAACGGUAGUUGCAACAGCACCGGCUUCGCUGCCAAAGACAUCGCCAAAUCAACGG